AUGGGUGUCCUGCUUUCAUCGGUGGAGAAGCGUUGGCCCUCGAGCGUAGGGGUACUUGGUCGGCUCCAAGCGCCCUCGGCAACUGAGAGCGUGACCCUCUCAGGUACUGCCCCCGGGUGGGAGCCACCGGACGAUCCAGACACGGGCUCUGAGUGUUCGCAUCCAGAGGUCUCCCCGUCUCCACGCUUCGUGGCAGCGAAGACCCAGACGAACCAGUCGGGGAAAAAGGCUCCGGCCUCCGUGGUCCGAUGCGCUACCCUCUUACACCGCACCCCUCCAGCCACCCAAACCCCGACGUUCCGCACUCCAAAUUCGGGAUCUCCGGCAAGCAAGGCAACUGCAGCAGAAAGCGCUUUCAGUCGGAGGGUAGAAGGCAAAGCACAAAACCACUUUGAAGAGACGAAUAGCAGUUCCCAAAACUCCAGCGAAACUGCAAGUCCCCUGAUUUCCAAUCCUUUCCCUCUCCUACAGAAGCCCUACACGUGCGGCGCCUGUGGAAUCCAGUUCCAGUUCUACAACAACCUGCUGGAGCACAUGCAGUCCCACGCGGCGGACAACGAGAACAACAUCGCCUCCAACCAGUCCCGAUCGCCCCCUGCUGUCGUGGAGGAGAAGUGGAAGCCCCAGGCCCAGAGGAACAGUGCCAACAACACCACAACCAGUGGUUUAACACCUAACAGCAUGAUCCCUGAGAAGGAGCGGCAGAACAUCGCAGAGCGGCUGCUGCGGGUCAUGUGUGCCGACCUGGGCGCGCUGAGCGUGGUAAGUGGGAAGGAGUUCCUGAAGCUGGCCCAGACGCUGGUGGACAGCGGUGCCCGCUACGGGGCCUUCUCAGUCACCGAGAUCCUGGGCAACUUCAACACGCUGGCGCUGAAGCACCUGCCGCGCAUGUACAACCAGGUGAAGGUGAAGGUGACGUGCGCCUUGGGCAGCAACGCCUGCCUGGGCAUCGGCGUCACCUGCCACUCGCAGAGCGUCGGCCCUGACUCCUGCUACAUCCUCACGGCCUACCAGGCAGAGGGCAACCACAUCAAGAGCUAUGUGCUGGGCGUGAAGGGCGCGGACAUUCGCGACAGCGGCGACCUGGUGCACCACUGGGUGCAGAAUGUGCUGUCGGAGUUCGUGAUGUCGGAGAUCAGGACAGUGUACGUGACAGACUGCCGGGUGAGCGCAUCCGCCUUCUCCAAGGCCGGCAUGUGCCUUCGCUGCUCAGCCUGUGCCUUGAACUCGGUGGUGCAGAGCGUGCUGAGCAAGCGGACACUGCAGGCCCGCAGCAUGCACGAGGUCAUCGAGCUGCUCAACGUGUGCGAGGACCUGGCGGGCUCUACCGGCCUUGCCAAGGAGACCUUCGGCUCGCUGGAGGAGACCUCGCCGCCGCCCUGCUGGAACUCGGUCACGGACUCGUUGCUGCUGGUUCACGAGCGCUACGAGCAGAUCUGCGAGUUCUACAGCCGGGCCAAGAAGAUGAACCUCAUCCAGAGCCUCAACAAGCACCUGCUCAGCAACCUGGCCGCCAUCCUGACGCCGGUGAAGCAGGCGGUCAUCGAGCUGAGCAACGAGAGCCAGCCCACCCUGCAGCUGGUGCUGCCCACCUACGUCAGGCUGGAGAAGCUCUUCACGGCCAAGGCCAACGACGCGGGCACCGUCAGCAAGCUCUGCCACCUCUUCCUGGAGGCGCUCAAGGAGAACUUCAAGGUGCACCCGGCACACAAGGUGGCCAUGAUCCUGGACCCGCAGCAGAAGCUGCGGCCUGUCCCGCCCUACCAGCACGAGGAGAUCAUCGGCAAGGUGUGCGAGCUCAUCAACGAGGUCAAGGAGUCCUGGACCGAGGAUGCCGACUUCGAGCCCGCUGCCAAGAAGCCCCGCUCCACCCCCGGCGAGAACCCCGCCGCCCAGGAGGACGACCGGCUCGGAAAGAACGAAGUGUACGAUUACCUGCAGGAGCCCCUCUUCCAGGCCACCCCAGAUCUCUUCCAGUACUGGUCUUGCGUGACCCAAAAGCACACAAAACUCGCCAAGCUCGCCUUCUGGCUCCUCGCGGUGCCGGCCGUGGGGGCCAGGAGCGGGUGUGUAAAUAUGUGUGAACAAGCACUUCUCAUCAAAAGGAGGCGACUGCUCAGUCCAGAAGAUAUGAACAAACUCAUGUUUCUGAAAUCCAACAUGCUUUAAGACUUCGGGAUGAAAAGAAAGAACAAAGAAAAAAGAAGAGAAUGUUAGGGAAAAAAAAAAAACACACACAACACUGUCGCAAACAAAGAAAAAGGAAUUUAAGUUCUAAACACUGUGGACCUCA